AAUUUGAGAAGAUCCAGUACAUUCUCAGCACAUUUAAUAAUCUCCUCUGGGUUAGUUACUUGUGAUGCUGACAAAACGCCUAAGUCUGCCAUGGCAACCGGGCUCAUUCGAACGGCGCGAUGGGAGCGAGACCAUGACGGCAUCAACUUCCUCAUAUUAGACAUCAGACAGCGACUCCCCAACUUGCAGGGAAUUGUAUCGAAAGUUGGUCAGGUAUGCAAUCGCUCAUUUACAUCCGAGACUCUUGUGCCGCGAAAUGCAGAGUAUCGCCUUCAGGAUGGAAUUCUGCUCACCAAUCGCUUGUUUCCUGUCUCUGGAGCCAACGAGGCUAUCGAUUCAAGCUCAAGAUCACGGUCUAAAUUAACGCAACUACGGCAAGUUAGCCACCCAGUCAAGCUAACCUCGAUCGGCGCUCAUAAUCCGAAUGGAUACUAUUUCAUCGAGGAUGAAGGCUUUGACCAGCCACUGCAUCCAUAUGAAGUGCAGAUUGAAGUGCGGGCUGUGGGUCUCGAUGAACAUGACGCUGACCAACUCGGUCGCUUGAUUCCUGGCGAAAGCAUUGGCUGGCAGGGAGCGGGAAUUAUCGUCGGCCUUGGGAAUGCUGUGGAGGGCCUCAGAGUCGGCGAUGCGGUCAUGGCGAUGCGCACGUCGCCAAGCGGCUCCUUCCAAACAUACUUUCGCACGCACUCUGCUUCUGUCAUCAGAAUUCCGACUGACAUUAGCUUUACCUCCGCCGCUGGGGCCCUGAUCCCAUUAUCCACUGCGUAUCACUGUCUUGUGAAUGUCGCUAGGUUGCAGAAAGGAGACACUAUCCUGAUUCAUCACGUGUCCAGCGGUAUUGGGCAUGCUGCAGUGCAAAUUGCCCGAUAUCUCGAAGCUACAGUCUAUUGCACAGUUUCAAAUGAUCCCGACAGACAAUUAUUACUCGAUCAAGGUAUUCCCAUUAGCCAUGCCCUUGACACACGGACUUGGACAGGGGAGCUUAUGGCUAGCAACACUAUCGAUGCAAUUCUUAACCUCAGUCGCCGAGGCAUCGAGAGCAGUGACUUGCGCUGUCUUUCCUCUUUCGGGAACCUCAUAGAUUUGCAAGGCCAGGGCAUCAUCGGACCUUUGCCUUCCUCGAACAGAAACAGGAAUUUUUCUAGCGUCGACAUUCGGUCCAUGGCCGUUCAAAAACCCAGAGCUCUUCAGUGCAUACUUCUAAGCGUGACAAAACUCUUAGCAGAGCAAAAGAUCCAGCUUCCCUCGCCAGCUGUCCGGGGAUUUUCUGGUCUCCAAAAUGCUCUCGCCGACAUCAGACAAGGCAUACACAGCCCUUCGGUCCUUGAGCCAAGACCAACCGAUUUGAUAUCUGUGGCAAUCAAGCCAAUAGGACGCCACAGGUUCGACCCGAGUGCGUCUUAUGUGCUUGUAGGCGGCUUUGGUGGUAUAGGCAGAAGUGUCGCUCGAUGGAUGGCGUCUCGCGGCGCGAGAAACUUCAUCUUUAUCUCAAGAUCAGGCGCGAGCAGUGCCGCUGCCAAAAGGCUAUAUGUAGAGUUGUUGGAUUUAGGCUGUCAUUUGUCUGAUCUGACAUGUGAUGUGACCAACCAAAAUGCCGUGACACAAGCGUUCAAUAGCUGUCAGUCAAGCAUGCCUCCGAUCAAGGGAUGCAUGCUGUCCACCAUGGUUCUUGAGGGCGCUAUGCUUAGCAACAUGACCCACGCGCAGUUCAUCUCCGCCAUCACCCCUAAAGUGCACGGAGCGAUUAACAUUGCGUCCACGCUCUCCGCCUCACCUCUCGAUUUCCUGAUCUUCCUGUCAUCGUCCGCCGGAAUAAUCGGCAACCGCGGGCAAGCAAACUACUCAGCCGCGAAUGCAUUUCUGGACGCUUUCGCUGCAUCGCUAGUUCACCAAGGAUAUCCCGCUACCUCAAUAAGUCUCGGUAACGUCCUCUCCGUCGGCUGGGUUGCCGAGAACCAAGACCGUCUACCAAUCGCGCUCUCUUACAGGGAGAUUUCCGAGUCCUUACUUCUCUCGAUCCUGGAAUAUCAUAUGGAUCCGCGGUGGUGCGCAGCCCAAAGCUCCGAAACAUGUCUUACAGUUGCAGGAGUCCGCUCAGCGAAGGAUUUUCAUCAACUCUCUAUUCCUCUGCCCGGGUUCAUGGCGUAUCCUCUCUUCUCCCCGCUCCGCGCGAUAGCCAGCUCUUCUGGUGCCGACAAACCAGAGACCCAAGUUUCAGUGACCCAGGCGCUCAGAUCUGCACGUUCCAUGGAAACGGCCGUGGAAGUUAUCACGAAGGCAACCUUGACAAAGCUGGCACGAGUGAUGGCGAUUUCGGCGAAGGAGAUCGACCCCGCUAGGACGUUGGCGUCGUAUGGAGUUGACUCGUUAGUGACAGUGGACUUAAAGGCAUGGUUUAAGAGGGACGUUGGAGUAAAUGUUGCGUCGGGGGAUCUAUUGGGGGAUAUUUCUAUGCAGGGGUUAGCAGAAAGAGUGGCUGGGAGGAGCGAGUUUUUGUCAAUUGGAAAGUAG